ACAAAACACAAACUUGGUCUUGAAGAAACCAAUCUUAAACCCCAAAACGCAGCGUUUUAUCAAGAAUCGACUAUGGCUUCUACUACCUUACUUCCUUCUACUUCAACCCAAUUUCUUGAUCGAACUUUCUCAACUUCAUCUUCUUCUUCGAGACCUAAUCUUCAAUCUCUUUCGUUUUCCUCCACACUCGGCAGCAAGAAACUAAUCCCUUGCUCUGUUUCUUCCUCCGUCAACAAAAAAUCUUCCGUUUCGUCUUCUCUUCAAUCCCCGACUUACAAAUCACCGUCUUGGAAGAAACUAUGCAACGAUGUCGCCAAUUUGAUCCCGAAAACGACUAAUCAGAGUCCAACAUUAAACCUGGUACAGAGAACCGCCGCUACUGUUUUAGACGCGGUGGAGAACGUUAUGAUCUCCCACGAACGCCGCCGUCAUCCGCUUCCUAAAACGGUGGAUCCCGCCGUCCAAAUAGCCGGAAACUUCUUCCCGGUACCGGAGCAACCAGUCGUGCAAAACCUUCCGGUGGCUGGAAUAGUACCAGAUUGCAUUCAAGGAGUUUACGUCAGAAACGGAGCGAAUCCGCUUCACAGACCAAUCUCCGGCCACCAUUUAUUCGACGGAGACGGUAUGGUUCACGCCGUUCGGUUUGAUAACGGUUCGGUUAGCUACGCUUGUCGGUUUACCGAAACAAACCGGUUGGUUCAAGAACGAGAAUUUGGUCGCCCUGUUUUCCCCAAAGCAAUUGGAGAGCUUCACGGACAUUUAGGAAUCGCCAAGCUUAUGCUCUUCAAUACCCGCGGGCUAUUCGAGUUAGUCGACCCGACCAGAGGACUCGGUGUCGCUAACGCCGGUUUAGUAUAUUUCAAUGGUCAUCUCUUAGCAAUGUCUGAAGACGAUUUACCGUACCAUGUCAAAGUCACUCAAACCGGAGAUUUAGAAACUUCGGGUCGGUACGAUUUCGACGGUCAGUUAAAAUCCACAAUGAUAGCCCACCCGAAAAUCGACCCGGAAACCCGAGAGCUAUUCGCUUUAAGCUACGACGUCGUUUUAAAGCCUUACCUAAAAUACUUCAGAGUCACAUCCGACGGCGAGAAAUCACCAGACGUCGAGAUUCCGCUUGAUCAACCAACGAUGAUCCACGAUUUCGCAAUCACUAAGAAUUUCGUAGUGAUCCCAGACCAACAAGUGGUUUUCCGAUUGCCGGAGAUGAUCAGAGGUGGUUCUCCGGUGGUUUACGACGAGAAGAAGAAAUCAAGAUUCGGGAUUUUAAAUAAAUACGCGAAAGAUGCUUCGUCGAUUCAAUGGAUAGAAGUACCAGAUUGUUUCUGUUUUCAUCUCUGGAACUCUUGGGAAGAACCAGAAACAGACGAAGUUGUCGUGAUUGGAUCAUGCAUGACGCCACCUGAUUCAAUUUUCAACGAACACGACGAAACGCUUCAUAGUGUUUUGUCGGAGAUAAGACUAAACCUCAAAACAGGGGAAUCAACACGUAGACCGGUUAUCUCCGAACAAGUUAAUCUCGAAGCCGGUAUGGUAAACCGGAAUUUAUUAGGUAGAAAAACCCGGUUUGCUUAUUUGGCUUUAACCGAACCGUGGCCUAAAGUAUCCGGUUUCGCUAAAGUGGACUUAUCGACCGGAGAGACUCAAAAGUAUAUUUAUGGAGAUGGUAAAUACGGAGGAGAGCCUCUGUUUAUGCAUUCCGGUGAUGGAGAAGAAGACGGUGGUUAUAUUAUGGUGUUCGUUCACGACGAGGAGAAGGUGAAAUCGGAACUCCAAAUCAUAAACGCGGUUAAUCUAAAGCUUGAAGCUACCGUUACGCUUCCGUCGAGAGUGCCUUAUGGUUUCCACGGAACGUUCAUCAGUAAGGAAGAUUUAUCGAAGCAAGCUUUGUGUUAAUUAAUUUUAGAUUUUGAAUCUUGUAGGAUUGAUAAAUGUUAAUAUGAGUG